UCCGCUGACGUCAGUGCGCACGGCUAACCAGGCUGCAGCUGUCACACAACAACAACAACAACAACGAGACGAAGCGGAACCGGAGCUGGCGGUUCUGACAGCGCCUGCCCCCCGUCGGAACCCGAACGAUGCCUCUCUGAAAGUGACACCGACCCGCGCUCCUUUGUCCUCCGUGCUGAAAACCGGUUUGUCGUCGCUGGUGACGCCGGAGAAUCGGCCUCAGGGAGCGGGUCGACUCGGCUGCUGCUUCUGGGUUAGUGGGCCUUACGGGGUCGGAACCGGUGGUUUGUCUGUCGUUCGUGUGGUUCCCCACCGUGUGGGCCGGAUAGCAUGCAGGCCAACGGGGCCGCCCAGAACCGGGAGUCUGACGUGUCGUGCAGAAACGGCGCUCCGAACGGGGAAUCGUCCUCCAGCGGAGCGGCUCACUCCAACGGACCUCUGCCCGCCGUCAACAACGGCGGCUCCGCCGUCAACAACGGCGCCGCGUCGGAGGGCGCCGCGGGCGCCAGGAAGAAGAAGCACCUGUCUCAGUCCGAGGAGGACGUCAUCCGGCUCAUCGGGCAGCAUCUGCACGACCUUGGGCUGAAUCAGACCGUGGACCUACUGAUGAAGGAAUCAGGCUGCCGCCUGGAGCAUGCCUCUGCCACCAAGUUUCGGAACCACGUUCUGGAUGGAGAGUGGGACAAGGCUGACAGUGACCUGAACGAGCUGAAGGCGUUGAUGCAUUCUCCGAGUGCCGUUGUGAGAAUGAAGUUUCUGCUCCUGCAGCAGAAGUACCUGGAGUUUCUGGAAGACGGGAAAGUCCUGGAAGCUCUGCAGGUGCUGCGAGCCGAGCUGACGCCUCUGAAGUUUAACACUGAACGCAUCCACAUCCUGAGCGGGUACCUGAUGUGCAGCCAUGCAGAAGACCUGCGGGCCAAAGCUGAGUGGGAGGGGAAAGGUUUGGCGUCCAGAACCAAACUGCUGGACCGUCUGCAGAGUGAGUGCAGUCUGUCAAACCCAGCCCCCUUCCAGCCUUUUGCAUCUUUUCCGUACCUGCCACCGUCAGUGAUGUUGCCUCCACGUCGCUUGCACACGCUGCUGAAGCAGGCUGUGGAGCUGCAGAGAGAGCACUGCCUGUACCAUAACACUAAGCUGGACGGAGGGCUGGAUGGAGGGCUGGACUCGGUGUCACUGCUGCUGGACCACAGCUGCAGUCGGAAACAGUUUCCCUGCUACACGCAGCAGAUUCUGACAGAACACUGCAAUGAAGUCUGGUUCUGCAAGUUCUCCAACAAUGGCACAAAGCUGGCCACAGGCUCCAAAGAUACUACAGUCAUUGUGUGGCAGGUCAACAUGGAAACACAGCAGCUGAAGCAAAUCAGGACUCUGGAGGGCCAUGCCUACGGUGUGUCCUACCUGACAUGGAGUCCUGACGACACCUACCUUAUUGCCUGUGGGCCUGAUGACUGCUCAGAGCUGUGGCUAUGGAACGUACAGACGGGGGAGUUAAGAACAAAGAUGAGCCAAUCCCAUGAGGACAGCCUGACCUGCGUAGCCUGGAACCCUGAUGGCAAACGCUUCGUCACCGGUGGGCAGAGAGGCCAGUUCUACCAGUGUGAUCUUGAUGGAAACCUGCUGGACUCCUGGGAGGGAGUUCGAGUGCAGUGUUUGGGUUGUCUGAGCGAUGGCCGGACCGUUCUCGCAUCCGACACUCACCAGCGCAUCCGAGGGUACAACUUCGAGGACCUGACCGACAGAAAUAUAGUGCAGGAAGACCAUCCCAUCAUGUCCUUCACUAUUUCCAAGACUGGGAGCUUAGCUCUCCUCAACGUUGCAACUCAGGGAGUCCAUCUGUGGGACCUGCAGGACAGGGUGCUGGUGAGGAAGUACCAGGGAGUGACUCAGGGCUUCUAUACCAUCCAUUCCUGCUUUGGAGGGCACAAUGAAGACUUCAUAGCGAGUGGCAGUGAAGACCAUAAAGUUUACAUCUGGCAUCGCCGCAGCGAACUUCCCAUCGCAGAGCUGACCGGCCACACUCGCACCGUCAACUGUGUGAGCUGGAACCCCAUCCUGCCCGGUCUGCUGGCCAGCGCCUCUGAUGACGGCACCGUCAGAAUCUGGGGCCCCGCCCCCUUCCUGGAUGUGGAGGAGGUGGAGGGCUUCGGCAAUGCGAGCGUGAACAUCAGUGAGUGCAGUCGGAGUGAGUGUGUUUGUAGAGGUGAGCAGGUCACUGCAGGUCGUUUCCCAGACUCCAGUAUUUUGUUUGGUUCUGGUCCAAAAUUUGCUUGUUUUGUUGGAUGUAAAGAGAUGGAUUCAAAGAGAUGUUGGCCAUGGACAUGACGAUAGAAAAAAAAAAAGCAAGCACAAGAGGGCGCAAUCCUGUGUCUUAGUGCUCCAGCCUGAAUUUCCAGGUAAAUGCAUUGAGGUGUCAGUGUGAGCAUCUUUUAGCAAAUUAAGACAAAUCAAACAUUAACAUUACUAUCUUGACUUUCAUAGCAGACCAGCUAUGACUCCAAACAAAUAACAGCCAACAUCAGAGGCUAAAAUCUCUGACUUCUACAGAAAAAUAAACAGCUAUUACUCAGUCAUUCUAUUUGUCAGAAUAACCAGUCUUGCUCUACUACCCUUUUUUAACUAAACCCUUGAUAAUCCUCAUUAAUUCAUCACAUUUAUUUCAAGUUGUUCAAGUUAUAAACAAGCCGAUUCGAUGCCUUCCUGGUUGUCCCAUGAAACGACAGAUUUAGUUUAGCCUGUGUUUAAGUUUCAUUUCAUCCAAUGUGAUCAUAUUGUUCCCAAGUGAAUCUCUGACGUUUUCCAGACCAAAACAACAACCUGUGUUUUAUCUGAAUUUCGGAAAAGAACAUUUGUUGGUUGGACAGCUUCAGCUAGUGAUGAGGGGGAAACAAACAAAGAAAGAAAGAAAGAAAGAAAGAAAGAAAGAAAGA